UGAGUAUGGCUGAUGAUACGCCGAUCGUUCUACUUGCAGAGCACGGACUUUACCUCAAGCCUGUCGCUAAAAUAUCAAUAUGCGUCACGUUGCCAGAGAUACGCGUGGUGGGCGCGUCAAUUUCGAAUUGGGAAGUGAUGGAGAGGCUGAAAGGCCUCAUUUCUCCUGAAACGUUCACAGUCCUGCGCGUUUCUAAAACGACCAGGCAGCUGCUCUAUUUUGAAGGCGAAAUGUCGUCGUUGAAGAUGCUGAGAAAGGCAGUGUUGGUGCUGAACAAGAAGACCAUCAAACUGAGUGGGUUUACUGAGUUGUUGAGGAUCCAGGCGUCUGAGGUGGAUCUCAGUUAUCCGGGAAAGAAGGACUGGGAGAGUUACUUUAGAGAGAGGGGUAUUAGUAGCUAUGACGACGGGUUGCCAGGGGAACGUCCUGAUACAGUGAGACUGAGAGGUUUGCCUUCGAAGUGGUUGAGUACGGACGAUUCGAAUUCAAAGCCGUCGAUUGAUGUUGUGAGACGAGUUUUUGAAAAGUUUGGGUCACUUAGGAAUGUCGAGGUGCUUGACUUGGCGUCAGCAAGACAGCAGCUUGGGUUUUCGUCGGGAGGUUUUUCGGCGGGAAAUUUUCCGACUUUUAAUUCGUUUGAUCCGGAAGUUCAGUUGAGUUGUGAGGUUGUGGCUCAGUAUAGUCUCUACUCUGGGUUUGUUGCUGCAAUGACACGACUUAGAGGAAUGAAGUUGAUGAAGAAAACUCAAGCUGGAAAAGAGUCGAGUGUUAACCUGGUGGUUGAUUUUGACAGAUCUGGAUAUUUUAGUGACAAAAGUGUGAGGAAAAGAAAAAUGGAUGAAAAGAAGAUGGAGGAUCUGAAGAGACAAGAAGAAGAGAAACGAAAACAAGACAUGGAAAUGGAAGAGCAAGAGAAGGAAAAGAAAAUCUUGGAAGCUCAAGCUUUGGAAGAAAAGAAACAAAAAGUGAAAGAAGAAAGGAUACGAAGGAAAGAGAAAAGAAGACGAGAAAGACACGAGAGAAAAAAGAAAGAGAAAGAAAAUAGAAAGAGACUGAAACAGGAGCAGAAAGAGAAAGAGAGACGAGAGGCAGAAGAGAUGAUCACUCUUGUUGAACAACGACGUGAACAAGCUCUCAGAAUUAUGAGACAACUAAUAGACAGCGUGACAGCAGAGAAAGAGAAGGAACGACAAGAAAGAGAGAGACUGGAAAGGGAAGAAGAAGCAAGACUGAGACGAGAGGUCGAAGAGCAGCUGCGACAAGAAGAGCUGAAGAAGGAACAAGAAGAACAAGAACUGAACGAGAUGAGACUGAGAGACAAACUAGUGAGAAAGGUGAAACGACUCGAGAAGAGACGAGAAGAGAUUCGUCAAGAAAUCCUCAAGAAACGAACGAAAGAUAGACGAUCCAUCAAACAAACUCAUGAUGAUCACAAACACAAACAGUGACCGCGAUUUCUAGUCUAAUUGCCUGGAUAUUGAAUGCCAAAUAAACAAAUUAUGGUCCAUACAGUUUAGUUGUUUAGUUGUCUGUAGGUGUAUGUACAUUAUGUUGG